ACUGGUCAUAUCUUGGAUAUCUCAAAGUUAUGCAGCCUUACUUCAACGAUUCUAAACUGAAGUCACUAAAAUCGGUAUGGAAGAGGCGAUUUAAUGAGCAAUUGAAGGGAAUAAUAAAAUACACGGAUGAGGAGAGAAGCGAAGCCGCAUUAAAUCUAAUAAAUCAGGUCUGUGACACCCUCGGUGUGAUAUAUGGAGUAUACAGUUGUACCCCGCGGGAGCAGGUGACGCCCUGUGUGAACUCCCGGAAACAAAAGGAUGACAAUGAAGCAGGACCGUCAAGUGGAAAAUGUAGUCAAAAUGAG